GAAUAAUAAAACGAAGAAAGAGAGAAAAAUGAUAAUAAAAAAGGGAAAUGAAAUUCAAGAAACAGAGAGCGGCAGCAACAACAGCAGCUGAUUUCAUAAACUCGUCUUGUUCAAUUAAAAUCCAUUUCUCACUUUUCUGUUAUCUCCAUUGGUCUCAGUUAUGCCCCACUUAACUAUGAAGUCUUACAUAUGGAUACAAACUUCGGAUGGUACUGUACAAGAAGUAGAACAAGGAAUUGCAAUGUUAUGCCCGUACAUAGCUCAUGAAAUGAGUGCGGGGCUUGGAUCAUCAAAGACCAGCCCCAUUUCCCUGUCUUCCAGAGUUAAGCCUAACUCAUUGAGUUUAAUUUUUGAUUACUGCCGCUUUCAUGGAUUACCUGGACGCUCUAACAAGGAACGCAAGACUUUUGACGAGAACUUUCUCAGAAAGGACACAUCAAGUCUUUGCGAGUUAGUUAAUGCUGCACACUACUUGCAGUUGAGACCAUUGUAUGAAAAAACCUGUUCAGCUAUAGCGCGAAAGAUUGAGGAUGAAUCUCCUGAGGAGAUACGCCGUUUAUUUAAUUUUCCCGAUGAUCUGACAGAGGCUGAAAAGUUGGAGCCGUGGAAGAACGCACCUGAUGAUUCUCGGAUUAGGCUUUUGAAUAGACUGUAUGCAAAAAAGAAGAAAGAACUCGAAGAGGUGGAAAACGUGAAGAAAGUAGAGGCUGAAGUAGAGGUUCACGAGCAUAAAGAUGACCGUUCAGUCGAUGACCUUGUCUCAUUUAUUAAUGGAGGACAUGGAGAUAAUAAGGGAGUUCGAACUUCCAAAAAAAAGAAGAAGCUCCGUAAUAGAAGGGAGGGACAGAAGAAUGCUCCUUCCGGUUGUGGUUCUUCUAAUGAAGCCUCCCAUUCCAAGGAUAUCCUUGAAAACCAUGAUAAGGAUUCAAAUGCUUCUGAGGCAUCAUACCAUAGUGUUCAGAGUACUGGUGAUUUAUCAUCCCCUCUCCAUGAUACAUUAAAUUUACUGAACAUGCGCGACGACAAUUUUGAGGAUGAGUUUGAUGACGAUGAUGAUAUAGAUCCUGCUUGGAAGGAAAUGAUUGAUAGGGAAGUAGAGGAUUUUGCUCGAGUAAUAAAUUUAAGUUUGCCCGACAGAAAGCAGGAGAUAUAUUCGAGUCUCGAAAGUAGGCUAGCUACAGUUCCCAUAGAAGGAAAUGGAUCUAGAACGAAAGAUGAAAUUGAGUAAUCUGUAUACGUCGCAGCUGCUUUGGAAUGGCUUCUGGACGAAUGCUUCCAACUGUAAAGAGUUGUUGGCGGUGUUGUAAACUAGUCAUGUAGUUUCUUUAAUUCAUUUCUUCUCUUCUCUACAUUUGACAAGUACCGCAAUUAUGUGAUACAACGUUCAAUCCACCGUGUUUGUCAGUUUCUUGAAAGUAGUUGGGAUUUUGUUCUU